AUGGAAAGACAUAGAUCUGGCAGCUUACCAGAAACAGCAGAGGAGCUGUGGGAAGAUAUGAAAGAUAUAUUAGCAACAAAAGCAAAAGAGAUUUGGGUUAAGACGAGUGGGAAACCAAAAGAAGAGAAAGAUACAUGGUGGUGGAAUGACGAGGUUCAAGCUGCAAUAAAGGAUAAGAAGUUAGCACUAAAGCAAAUGAAAGACAUUGAGAAUGACACCACUAAAGAAAAUUACAGACAAGCCAAGAAGCAGGCGAAAAGAGCAGUAGCCAGAGCAAAGAUUAAUACAUACAGAGAUUGGUAUGAGAGGCUGGAUACACCAGACGGAGAGAAGAUUAUAUACAGAGUAGCGAAGGUAAGAAAUGAAAUGAGGAAAGAUGUUGGUGAAGUAGCAAUAGUAAAGGACCAAAACGGAGACAUUCUUAUGAUGGAGGACAUAAAAAGAAGAUGGCAGGAAUAUUUAUCAAACCUGUUAAACAUGGAAAAUGAAUAUGAAGAACUGAGUGGAACAUUACCAGUGGAAGGGUCAAUACCCAACAUAAGUAGAAGGGAAGUGGAUAAGGCCAUAAAGAAGGGAAAGGCUAACAAGACAGGAGGAAAAUCUGAAGUAACAAUAAAAAUUAUUAAAGCACAGGGAGAGUUUGGAGUGGAGUGGACAUACUCAUUGUUAGAAAAGAUUUGGAAGACGGAGAAAAUGCCUGAAAACUGGAAGGAAAUGUUGGACACAAUAACGAUGGAUGUGAGAGACAAUGAGAACUUGUGGGAGUUGCUGUUCGCCGACGACAUAGUCAUCAUUGCGGAUACGGAGGAAGAGUUACAGGAGAGAUAUUUGUUAUGGAAAGGCAACCUGGAAAGAAAGGGAAUGAAAGUGUACACACAUAAAAGACAGAGAGACAUGGUCUUUAAGGAAGAAAGAGGAAGGCAUUCUGGAGAGAACGGAGAUGAGGAUGUAACAUUUGCUUACAAUGAGCAUGGAACAGUCAAGCCUUCCAGCAGCGUGCGGCAUUCUAGCAGGGCAGGUAAAGAAAGGUGUCUGAAUGUCCUUCCUGUCUUGGGCCACAACUUCCAACUCAUCAUUGUGUCCUGGUACAAUGCCAUAAUGCAGUUUGAGGUCAUGACUGAUACAAUCAAUUCACACUAA